CGAUUUUACCCAUCACAUCAUCGUUUUCUUUGGCUAAAAAAUCUCUGCUCUCUCUGCGCGGCUCGCCGGAGCCAUUCUGCAGGGACGUUUACGGCGAAGAUUUUAUUUCGAGAGACGUCGCAGAGAGAGAUCGAGCAUUUUUGAGAAACAAUGGCAGUUUCCAGGGUUUCAUUGGCUGUUCUCGCCGCUCUUGUUUUCGCCAUUGCCUUGCCUGCUGCUGAAGCCCAGUCAUUCGCCCCCGCUCCAGCCCCCACCAGCGAUGGGACAUCAAUUGACCAAGGGAUCGCGUACAUUUUGAUGCUUGUUGCGUUGGUGCUGACUUACCUAAUCCACGCCGCUGAUUUUGCUUAAGGAUUCUAAGUAGAAAGUUGGAAAUGGGGGUGGAUUUGGGAUUACUGUGUAUUGUUUUAGUUCAGACUUGAGAGAAAGGAAAACAGUGGAUUCAAUAUUAGCAUGGCAGAUUUUGUAUGAUGUGAGUGCUCCUUUUGGUUUGAACAUAGAGAUGUGAAUUUGGACUAAUGGUAUCUGGGUGUAGUGGCUAUUGAUAAUGUUAUCAUCCUGUUUGGUUGAAUUCUAGUUUUUAAUUUCAUUUCCAUCCCAUAACAGAUU